AUGUUUUCAAUUUCGGUGCUUGGUUACACGGAUCCUAGUGCUCAGUCUCCAUUCGGCUCUUUGGAGACUGAAAAAACAAUCAUGGCGAAAGGUGAAGGAGUCGUUAAGAGCGACGAGUCUUCUCCAGAUCUUGAUCAGUAUGCCAAGGAAGCACUUGAUGAGAUAUUUGGAAAGGAAGAGCAGUCUUACGACGAAUUUGUGCAGAGUUUUAUGUUCCUAAAUAAGGGUGAGUGACAAAAAAGUUCUAAUUCAAACUGUGACAGCUUGAAAUAGGUACAGCCUAGCUGUUAGAGAAACAAAUAGAUCCUUUCUAGAGAUCAAACAAGCUCAUCAACUUCUGAGUUAAUUUGCUUGAUACAGUUUUUAAGUUGCCUUCAUCAGGUGCUGGCUCAAUUAAAAUUAUUUCCUUGAACGAAUGUACCUUUUACAGAUGAUAUUUCUGGAUCAAAAAUUGGCAGUUCUCAAGGGAAUACCCACGAUCUCCAAAAUGGUGCGUCCGGUCACAACAAGAUGGCAAAGCGUAAUGUCGACGACCACAACUCAAUGGAAACAAAAGGCCAGUGGACAGAGAGUGACAGCAUACCCGAGGAAGUAAGUUCAUACUUCCCAAAAUGGGAAAUAAUCAGUUCUGAAAGACAAACGCUCUUUUGAAUUAAUGGGGUUUUGGGGGAAUGAGGCACUUGUCUCAGCUUCAGGGACAGGGGUACUGAUAUGGACAAGUCUCUUUGAAGAUCUGCUAUUUCUGGAAACAAUUUACACGGUUUUUAAAGUUUUUCAUUUUUUCUCAAUGACCCAUCUGAACAGAGACCUGAUAAGAAAACUUUUAUUGAUACUCAAUUAAACAGUUACUCUUGAUUUUGAUCCUGCAGGUACUAGGGCCUGGUUCAACAUCGGUUCCAUUUCUCAUGAGAACACCUGAGUCAUCAGGUGGAAAAAUCCUCCAGGUAAUUGUGUGUUUCAUUGGUUGAUGUGUGUUACAUUGGUUGAUAUAUGUUACCCUCAUAUAGAGCUGAGUCUAUUUGUAAUUAACUUGGAGCUUGGAAGAUGACAUUUAAAAUUUACUGUAAUAAUCUUUGAUUUAAUGCUACCUAUAAAUCUGCACCAAUUUUUCGUGUGCGUCCUUGGAAUUAGAUCAUUACAGAUGCAGACCCGGCUAUUUUGGUACUUUGCAAAUCAGUUAUUUCCAGAAUAAUAGGUUUACCAUAAGUUUUUUCAUCCUUCACAUUUCAAUCUGCACUGGCUUCAUUCUGAUCCUAGCAUGAUAACUUGGUAGAGCUACAGCAGAGCAUGUAAAUCCAGUUUCAAUCCCAUGCUACCAGUAAACUGUUGUGUCACAGUCCACUCUCUUUUGGUCCAUACAAAAAUAAUGAGCUGACUUUGCAAAAUUCUUCUUAUUUUUAAGUUGCAGUUUUUGAAAGAAAGAUCCAACAUGUAGUCCAGUAGGCAACAGCUCAGAAUAAUAAAGUUAAAAUUAUUGAGUCUUUGUUUUUUGUUCCUGUCGCAGGUUGAUAACUUUGUUGAAUGUGAAGAUCAGGAGAGUGAGGAUGAAGAGUCCAUUUCAAAUGUUGACUCCGUGUUGGAGGAUGGCAUAUUCACAUCUGGUUAUUCUCCCUCAGCAGUGACUAGCUCAAAUUCUUUGAAGCAUGUAGAAGAUACGAACUCAGCUGCAAGAGAUAUGCCAGCUAACAUUGAUUUAGGCAUUGAAGCAACUAAAGAAAUAUAUUAUCUCCCAGGUAAUGGAUAAUAUAUACACAUUUUUUGAGGAGCCUUCAUUUAUGUCAGUUUUAUAAAACCAGAUAACCUCUGGUAACUGACAUUAGUUCUUUGUGAUAAACUGAAUUCCUUCUGGGAUGGGUUUAAGAGGAGGUAGAUGCAGGGAUCAGGAUGUUGCAUUUCUUGUCAAAGUUAUUAUCAGAUUCUAGUUCUGUUUAUCACUCUAUUGUCAAUAUAUGGUCCAAGCCAUUGACAGACUGUUGUCUUUACCUGCAGGAGAUGCUUCAGUACUUCCUGGGGAAGUUGAUGAUAGCAAAAUGAAUGAGGAGCAAGGUAAAGGGACAGAAAAUAAACAGAAUGUUAUGACUCUGUUUAAUAGAAAUAAAUUGCUGAUUGAAAUGAUUAAAAUUUACUAAUCUUCUGUCUUUUACUGAUUUUUAGAUAACACUUCUGAUGGAAUUGUGUCACCUAAAAUAACACAAUUACAGAUUUCCACAAGAAUAAAUAAUUGUGACAGAAAGAAUGAUCAAAGAAGCCCAAGUGAGGUAAUGUGUGUUUAAGUUGGUGCUUUUUUUUUCAACCAAUAAGAAAUAAUGUUAAAAAAUAUUCACUUCAAUGAAAUAAAUUUGCCAGUUGACCUGGAGAAAGACCCAUAAUUAACACUUUUCACAUUUGCCGACUGGAAAUUCGUUCAUUUUUUUUACUGAUUUUCCUGAAUAAUUGUUUCUUAAUAUCAAGUUUUAUGGAAUUCUUCUGAAUUUCCAGUAAUAACAAACCCCAUUGAGCCUGCACAUGGGUGUUGCAUCAUGCUUCAAUUUAUAUCAUACUGAUUGUAGUAUUUCAGCUGGAUGAAUAACCACAACAGGUGUCAAAGCCCAACAGAAACUAUACACUGUCAUGAAUCAUCUGUGGAUACACCUGGUAUUUUUUUAGUAAGAGAGAGACAUUUAGCAAAGUGGUAUUUAUGUAGGUCAUUUCCCUUUUUCAGGAAGUUGAAGAUACUGAUGAGGUUCAGCCAUUCACUCUGGAUACAGACUUUGACUAUGAUAAUGUGACCCUGACACCAAAGUUUAGUUUCCCAUCAAAGCAAAUACCAUAACCUUUCAGAGUGAGAGCAGUCAGAGUUUUAAAUGAGAAUAUUCAGGCUCACUAGUGUAAUCUCUAUACAAGCAAUUGUUCAAUCAGAGAUUGUCUACAGAGACUAUUGGUUUCUUGACACUUAAGAGCACUGACAAAAUGCCAGGUAGAAACCUUCAGUGGAAGGUGAAAGUGCAAUACUCCAAGUUGCAUUAUGGCACGGAAAGAGGGAUUUCUAUGAACAGAAUGGGCCAAUGAGGCUUGAAAGCUGACUUUACCCUUCUAACGCAAGCAUGGGGACUGAGAAGUGUGUGGCACCAGUUUUUGACUCAGCUCUUGAAGAACAAACAUUGAAAAACACCUGAUGACUGUUUAUUUACUUGAAGAAAAAUUCCAAGAAAUGUUGAAAGGAGAUAACAGUGUAUAUCCUUCUCUGGCCAAUCUUUAUCCUUCCCUAAUGCUCCUUCUUAGUGUAUCACGUCCAUAGUAUGCAAGUAAAUUGUUCUUUCUCUUUUGAAUUUAAAUACAUUGUUCACCAAACAGGUACAAGAAAUAGAUAGGCUUUCAAGUACAGAGUGUUAUUUUGAUCCAUCAAUAAAUGCUCUGAACUUAUUAACCAGAAAACAUAGAGCAGUGAGAGGGAGAAUUCUCACAAUCAGUAAGUUUAUGGUUUCUCAGGCUUAACCAUUCCUUGGCUAUCCGCAGAACAUGGUUUAAGCCCUUCACACUCCAAAAAUUCAGCAUUGAUUCUCUUGUAUCACACACAAUAUUUCCAAAGGAUACAUGUAGAGUCAAAAUUUCUCUUCACAAGAGAAAAGAUGGACAUGAAUCCAGAUUUAUCUCUGUGAGAAGUUUGAACUUCAACACGGCUACUGAUUAAAGGAUGCAAAACUUAACAAUUUUCAAGACUGUUUGCUUUUUACCCAAGUAUGCAGUGUUCUAAAGACCUAUUUAAUUAGAACUUAGAGAAAAAUGACUGUUUCAAGUUAUUAGAC